UUGUUGUUCACAUCCAUGGCCACCAAUGAUCACACAUUCACCACAAACAUGACCCCUCAAUACACCGGUAGUUCCUCUCAAUACACGGGUCAUCAGACCCAACACUUUCUCGUCCAGCAGUUCCCUCCCAACCCACCGACUCUUAGACCCAGUCAGCAAUCAGUCCAGUACGUGAUGGAUGACAAUUAUUUGUGGCCACCACACGAACCACUGCCACUAUUCUCUACCCACUGGUCAUCACAACCACGACCACGACCACCACCACCACCAGCACAGGUACUAGAAAUAUGGGCCGGUUCAUCACUUCAGCCGCAGUCAAGUGUGUCUCAUAUUGCGCCCCAAUGGGCACAACCGGCUAAUGAUAUGCAGACAUUGAUGUCCUCACAAGUCAAGCGAACAGUGCAGCCGAUGGUAACACAGGUGCCAAACACGACCACAAUUGACGCACGGAGUCAUUCACAACACCCGUCGGUCGGCACAUCGAUGCCAAAUGCGGUGCCAAUGGCCAGACCUACUGAACCGACUGACGCGGACAGGAGGCGGGGUGUCGUCGAGCGCUUGGCUCUCAUUCUUCACUCCACGAAAUGUCUGCAAAAGGACGCACAGAAUGAAAGGCGGACUCCGUGUGGACUACUUCUGUGUCCACUCAUGAAGGAUGUGCUCAAACAUAUGGUCAGUUGCACGGACUAUAUAGACUGCACUGAAACCCAUUGUCUGAGUUCACGCAAAAUCAUAUCCCACUGGAAGAGCUGUAAAAACAAUAGCUGUGUCUUCUGUAAGCCAUUCAAACAGGUGCCGAACCAGACCACAGACAACACGAGACAACAGUCCACUCGAGAGGAGGAGGAAGUGGACGAUUAUCCCACGAGUCCACAGAUGCCACGAUUGAGUCCACAGACAACUCCUGCGCCAUCACCGGCGCUAUCGGUCGCCUCUGUGUCCCCUCUUAAGUGACAAGUGCACUU